CAGUGUCUCUGACUGGUCAAGCUUAUGUCUCUGAUUUUACACCAAAGUUCUCUAUGGAUGCCACUGUUGAUGCUUCUAUGUCUGCAGCUACCCCCUCUGAUAUAGCUGAUGCUCUAGCUAAUGGAGACCAGUGGACACCAUUAGAAACCAGGUGGCAAAUGGAACCCCUAAUCAGCCCUUCGCAACUAGAAUUGAUUGUUAAAGAGGAAAAGAAAGAAGAUGCUAAAGAAAAGGAGCAAAAGAACACCCAGCAGGCCCAUGGAAUCAAUAGUGAACUUGAGAAGAUGCGGAUAGACUUUGAGCUGACUGCACUGAAGCGCCAGCAUGAGGAGAAUGAAAAGCAACGGCAACAUGAGGAAAAGAUGGAGCUGAUGCGGCAGCAGACACCAUCUAGAACAAUAUCUAGAGGGGAAGAAGAGCAACUGGGUAGCAGACUAGACCCAAUAACAGAGAUUGAAUUAGAGAAGAUGCGCAUGGAGUUUGAACUGGCCAAGUUGAAGCAUAUCUCUGAGGAGAAUGAGAGACAGAGGCAGCAUGAACGGAAAAUGUAUGAGGACAAGGAAAAGCAGCGGCAGCAUGAAGAGAAAAUGGAGCAGAUGCGCCAGCGCCAAGGUCUGCUUCGAACAUCAAGCCAGAAGGCUUCUUCUGAUUCCAAGGUAGAAGCCACUGCUGAGACAUCUUCUGUGGCCUUUACUGAAGUAGGGAAGGUGAGAGUAGAGGUCCAGCUGGCCAUGCAGGUAUACCUACCAGAGAUGGAUGAAAAGACGCCACCAUGUGAGCAGAAAGGGUGUAAAGAAAUCCCAAACCUUGAGCAGCAAGUGAAAAGUAGCCCUGAGGAUGGAAAGCCACAAAUGCCACCAGAACAGCAGGAGACUGAUGGGGUGACAGAACACCUAGGCCUGCAGGUGCCACGCAUCGUGGUAAGUGGGGCAGAACCAGUGUGGUCAACCAGCAGGUUGGACUUAGCCAUUGAGACUGAGCUGGAGAAGAGGCGGAUGGAGUUUGAACUGACAAGACUGAAAUACGAACAUGAAGACAACGAACGGCAGCGGCAACAUGAGGAAAAGAUGGAGCACCUGCGGCAGCAAGCUCCCCCUAAAGAGGACAAUCCUGAAAAUGCUUCAUCUGCUCCAGAUAACCAAACAGAGCCAACUUCAGUGUCCGAUGAUUUUACCGAGCCACCCUGUACCUCAAAUGAUGUGUCAGACAGUCUAGACAUCAUGGAUGAAGAGGUGCACAUGACGACAAAGCCACAGGCAGCAGUAGACAACCUGGACCCUGGCCCUGCCACUGCAGAGGGUGAGAUGGACGGCUGGGUUCAUACAGAACAGCCAAGAAAUGAACAGGCUCAUGAGCUGGCAACCCAACUGGAGAAGAUGCGCCUUGACACGGAGCUCACCAUGCAACGCUAUAGAUACGAAGACAAGGAGAAACAGCGGGAACAUGAGGAUAAAAUGGAAGAGUUGCGCCAGCAGACUCCAGGAACUCCAGUAAGUGGAGCCCGCCACUUCCUCUUACCUCAAGACCAGUAUACCUUGAUCCUGUACUGCUUCAUCUUCAUGCAUAUCAUCUCUAUAGGAAAAGAGCUGAUUUUCUUUCUCAUUAAGAAGCAUGAGCUCAUUGCCAUUAGUAUCCUCAUCAUGUGUGCAAUUAAAAUGUUUUGGAAGUAA